AUGCUCUGCUUGCCUCAAGCCUUCGAACUGUUUCUGAAACACCUGGUCGGCGGACUGCACACAGUGUACACAAAGCUAAAAAGACUGGACAUAGUGCCGCUCGUGUGCAAUGUGGAACAGGUUCGCAUCCUGCGCGGGCUCGGCGCCAUCCAGCCGGGUGUAAACCGGUGCAAGCUGCUCUCCUGCAAGGAUUUCGACGUGCUCUACAGGGACUGCACCACCGCAAGGAAACACAAUUUCCUUGGAGGCAGUAAAGCGACAAACUGUUCCACAAUGGGCAUAUCAUGGAGGCAAUUUAUUACGAAUGAUCAACAAGUAGCUGGGGAACCUCGGGCCGCAGACGGAAAGCAAAGAAUGAAUGCGAAUGCCUCCGAAUUGAAACGAACACCGAUAAAGGACCCUCCGACUGUUAGCGGAGUGCACGCUCGGAACGCACGCCAACACUCGAAUCCUCACGUACAAUUCGAAAAACGAACGCACACAAAUGACACGAGGGAAUCCCUCCUGGCUAGACAGAAUUAUCUCGGCCUCUCUAUUUCCGUUUCGCGUACUAUUGAAAUCUCGUCUCACUCGCUCUUUGCGGCGUCCUAUAUGUUUGUCUCUAUCGCAUUUGAUUCAUUCAUGACUGUAGAUUUGAAUGAAUUCGGAAUGUGUGUUUUCUUCCCGUUGGUCUCCAAUUCCACUUCAUUCAGGGAAGCGGUGGGGUGA